CCCCUGCAAUCCGGAUGGGAUACGGACGGCCAUUCCACAGCAUUCAUCGCACGCAUGGAUGUAUGAUGAUGUCGUGACAUGCAACCGCAAGGACGUGUCUGUGGAUUAACGAUGCACUUUUUUUUGUAGUUGAACGAUUUCCGUCGAGUUUUUCAGUCUCGUUCCAGCGGACUGCAGAUGGGACCGUGGAAUAGGCUGUCACUUUUUGACGAGAACAACAACCAAAACCACAAUGGAUGCCAUGCCAGAGUACUCCCUCUUCCUCAUGAGGAUUUUAGAGGAAUUGGAUACCAAGUACAGUACAGUUUCGUAUCAAGAUCUCUGUAAAUCCCUGUGUGCCAGAUUUGACCUGGUCCAUUUGGUUAAGCUGAGGAGUUUGCUAUUCUACACGGCAUGUUUGGAUCCAGCUUUCCCCGCAACCUUAUUCAAAGACAAGAUGAGGUGCUCGGUAGAGGACCAGCAGUCUAAGAAGCUCAUGGUGGCAGCGGAUAUCGUCACCAUGUUUAACCUAAUCCAAAUGAACGGAGGUAUGGCAAAAGAAAAGCUGCCAUUGGCUCCAAGACCGAAAUUUCACAAGAACCAGUCCUUCGAGUCCUGUCGAUCCGACACGGAGGUAUAUAAAUUCAACGACAAUGAUAGGGUGUACAACCUUGAUGCCAGGGGUCAUCGUUCGUCUCGGAAUUCACCCUGCCCCAAGUCUGAGUGCAACAACUGUCAGCAGUACGUACCAACCUCAGACCCCAACUUCCUCUUGGGAGUCACCAAGGACCUAAAAUGUAGGGCAGCGUCACUGGAUAAGUUACAGCAUCUGCCGCAGUACUCCAGCGUCAGUCCUCCUUGUGAGAUGCAGAGCACUUACUUCCCCAUGGACAUGGACAGCGAGUCAACAGACCAGGACUCUCUGCAUGUCAAUCCAGGGAUGAAGGAUCACUUUGUGUCCAGUGGAGAGCCUUUUACUGUGCACUCGUGUGUGCAGAAGCGGAAUAUUUUCAAAGAGGAUUUUCACAACCUUGUUGCCUUUUCGCCCCGUGUGGUUACAGCGGAGUGCAGAGCGAACUCCAAAGCGGGAAGAGAUUACCACCGGAGGGAGCUGAACAAGCCUCCCACAUUCUUUAAUCACAGUUUUGAGCUGCCGUACAGCAACCCAUACUUUGAACCCGUCGGCUCACCCAUCCAGAACAAAGGGCGCGUGAAGCACGAGAGCCUUGAUGAUUUGCAAGCGUCUACUUAUUUCGGACCUACCACGAUCUCUGAGUGUGUGAGCAACAGGAGGACUUCCAGCAAGUAUGGCAAACAGCAAGCCUGGCCGGUGAAGAGCUUGAGUCUCAAUACAGAUGAAGGCCCUGACUUUGAGAGAUCCUUCUUGAACGGCAAAGUGGUCAAAGACAAUCAGCGUCAUAAGGUCAACAUCAGGGAAGAUGAUCAAAAGUUCCAGUGCGCGAAAGAAAAACCCUCUGCCUCCCCCUCUGGUUUCACCAAGAAGUCCAAUGGAACCAAAACAAAAGAAAUGACUUCUGUAGCUUGUGGGCCCAGUGUUGAAAAGAGAGAGCUUGGCAAAAGGUACAAGGGCAUCAACUGUCCGUCGUUACAGUCAGGUAACGUAGAAAUCGGUAUGAAUGUAGGUACACAGACAGAAAAACCAGAACACAGGAAUGUAAAGGAUUACACCAGUCAUGCCAAAUAUGGAGAGAAGCCGGCCUUCAAACACUCCGAUGAGGAUUCUGAGAUCAUCAGCGACGAUAUCAGCGACAUAUUCCGCUUUCUGGAUGAAAUGAGCGUGUGCGACUCCAUCGGCGUUGUGCCGUCAUCAUGCUACAACAGCAAUGGCUCAUUGUCCCAGGUCACAAAAUCAGACGGUGACAGCUCGCCCGAAUGUAACACCAUCAAGCUGGGCAAAACCAGCAUCAAGCUCGACCGCCUCUUCCAGUCGCUGGAGAACUCAGAUGGUGACCUCAAAGACAGCGUUUGCAAGCUGGUUCUCAGGAUCGGGGAGAUUGAAAAGAAACUAGAAUCUCUUUCAGGGGUGCGAGGUGAGAUUUCACAGGUGCUCUGCAAACUUAAUAAGCUCGACGAGAAGAUUCAAGAACCAGAGCCGAAUGGGAAAACGCCAGACAACGGCGCAACCGAACAGAUUAAGACUGAUGUGAACCUCUCGCCUCAAGUAUUCCAGUGUCACACCACUGGACACAACAUGAAGGUGGAGAAAAGUCCAGAAUGGUGCUGCUCAGAGGCCGACAGCAGCGAAAGCCUGAGGGUAAAGGCGAUGAGGAAAAGCAUGUUCAUACGCCGAUCGUCAAGGUCGUUGACCGAGGAGAACAGCGCCACUGAGUCUAAAGUGGCCAGCAUCACUAACUCUCCUCGAGACUGGAGGACGGUUUCUUACUCCAGCCAUGCAGCGGAUGAAGGAAAGGAAAGAGAGCGACAUGGUGAAGCCAAGGACAGACACAGGAAAUCCAGAGAGACAGACCGGCAGUAUGACGCCCACCAGGCGCACCGCUCCUCAAAGCCGCCCAAGGAGUCUUACCUGGUUGAGCAGGUGUUCAGCCCGCAUCACUUCCCUCCCGCUGUCAAAUCUCACGUGAAGGGCAGCCCUCUCUACACGGACCUGCGGCUGACCGGCCACGCCGACGGCAAGCGUUUGCAGCCAUCCUGGACCAUCGAGGAGUACAAACGCAACUCAGGAGAUAAGAACAAGCUCAGCGCGUUGGACUUGCAGGUCCAGGAGUCGCUCAACCCAAACAACCUGGAGUACUGGAUGGAGGACAUCUACACACCUGGCUACGACUCGCUGUUGAAACGCAAAGAGGCAGAGUUUCGUAGGGCCAAGGCGUGCAAAAUCGGUGCGCUAAUCGCUGCGGCUGCCUGCACUGUGAUUCUGGUCAUCGUAGUGCCCAUUUGCACCAUGAAGUCUUGAGGUUUCUCGUUUUCUUAACCGGGUUAACCUGGGAUGUUUGUUAACUCUUUGUGGAGCUUCUCGGUUUAAGGUUUUGUGAUUAGGUCUAAUUUCAGCCACUGGCAAGACUUUUUUCGGGAUUGUUAAAUAAAAGUGUAUAACAACAAAGAGUUCAUUGUGAGGCAUUGAAAUUUGAAUGAUUGUCUUUUUAUUUGUUGUAGUUAAUAUUUAUACCUUGAAGAAAUCAUUUGUUAUGUGAUAGACACUACUUUACUACAGGCUCAGAGAUGCACACUUGUUUUUAGUCCAACAUAUAAUGUACUGAUAUGUUUUCUGUCCAUUUUUUUCUGGUAUUGCAAUAGAAACUAAAGGGAAAGCUUUACGUUUAAGCAUAUUAUAUUUUUUACUUUACUAUGAUUAUGAGAAUUUUACUGAGAGUUAUUUUGACUACGCAAAGGGAAUGUUUUGAAGACAAGCGUCAUUUAUCUUUAGAGAAUGCUGGAACGGCUGGGCUGUGCAAUGUCUUUUUCUAUGAAAGCUAUAGUCAGAUAUUAAGCAAAUAUUAUUUAUUGCUAAGUGCAUUCAGUUAGACCACAUUUUAAAAUGGAAAUGAUCAUGUGAGGGAUCUGAGUUCCUUUUAUUUCAUGGUAAAGUGUGGAAAAAAAUCAGUAACGUCUUUAUCAAUACAAAUACAGCAAUUUAAAAACAUCUUACCACAUAGCUGCUUAAAUUUUGAUUGUGAUGAUCCUUUUGCCUUGUUAUAUCAUAACUAAGUAUAAUAUACUUGAAUUGCCGAAUCACUUUCAGCUCAGUUUGUUUUUGAAAGUGAAAUGCUUUUUUGCACUCUUUUGAUUUAUUUCAAUUGAAUUACUGUCAACAUACGCCAUUCACGUUUGAAAAACUGCUUGCCUAUCCGAGAGGUCGAGCCGUAGAUGAUUAAAAACUGGCUGUUGGUCAAAUCCAAUAUUUUGAGGUAUUACGCUCUGGCUCUUUUCCAAAAGCUAGCGAGCUGCUUUGCUGUUUACUGCCUGCAUAGGCAGCUGCCUUCUAAGUCAGCGGCUUAACUGAGAUGGAACCUCAAAAGUAACAAUUUAUUAUGAUCUACAGUAAAGAGGCAGCAACAUCGUGCACGAAAUUGUCACAAACCCGUAAUUUAUUAAUUUGUGUUCAUCAACACAAAUUUCCCCCUUAUUUCGUGUCACCCAGUACAAAUUGCCAUCAAAAGUACUUUAAUAACUAUCAAGAAAUAUAUUUAAUAUACUUUUAUAUCUUCAAAAUGUAUAAAUAUAUUUCAAUGCAAUAUUAUGGGGCAAUAUUAUCCUACGAUCUUAUUCAUAUGUUCUGUUAUGAUAUCACGUUGCCCCUGUGACGUUAGGUUUAGAGACGGUGUUAGAGUGUUACAGUUAAUAACCUUGUGAAACAUUUUUAGCAUAAUAAGCCUUUGCUAUGAUUUCAGGGUUAUUUUAGGGUUUGGGGAGAGGUAAUGUUUUGGUUAGCCAACUCCUAAUGUAUUUGCGACUGAUAUCAGGUUAGAAAUAUAUAAAUGUACACACCCUCGCAGUCAGUGUAUUGAAUAUUUCUUGUGCUGGUGAUAAAAAGUCAUGCUGAGUUUUGAUGAACACGAAUGAAUAGAUUACAGUUUGUGACAAUUUCACAAAUUUCCGUGAGACUGGGUUGGAAUAGUUGUCCCAAAUGGGUCACAUUGGUGUUAGCAAGCUGCUGAGCUAAUGUCGCAAGCAUAACAUAACUUGAGCUUUGAGAGAUUUCAUAAUGAGAGAUUUUUCUGUUAUGACGAAUUUGUAUAAUCAACAAUUCUAUCGCUUUGUGACGAUCUUGAAUAAUAUUCAGUUUAUCACGGCAUUAUUUUCUCAUUUAAGAAUAAACUGUUGCCUUAGAAUUUUGCCAAAAGUACAAAUCGUACAAGACAGCGGGAUAUUCUGAAAGCAUUUUCAUUUAUUUGAAUCAUGUUGUCGACUGUGAAAAAGAAGUUUAGUGAAGGGAGUGUGUCUAUGAUGCCUUAUAUUCCUGCUGCUCACAAGGCAACUCACUAGGGUUUGGAAAAGAGCCUGAGAACAUAAAAGACAUAAAACAUCAAAAACAACUGGUUAUCAUUUACCAGUGUUAGCAUUAAUCCGUCAGUGUUAUAUGGAUACUGGUUAUCUGUUUUGUUUUUUUAGGAAGUUACUCCUCCAUUUUGUGUAUGUUAAAACAAUGAUCUGACUUUUUGGCGUGUUUUAUCAUGGCCGCGUUGUUAGGCUGAAAUUUUGGGGUGAAGUGUGUAAUUCCCUCUCUGCCAUUAUAAUGUACAGAAAUAGGGUAAACAGUUGGGGCGGGGCUACCUGAUUGUCUAGCCAAUGGCAGAGGGAGAAUGGGGUUUGGUGGGCGUGUUUGGAAGAAGUCAACAUUGUUGCAUUGGUGCUAGUGGUGCUGAUAUUACACACUUCACCUUUCAGUGUUCAUUUGGAUUUGCACACAGAGUAUAUUUAUGAUUAUUACACCCCAUCUGCACCAGACACCAAUAGAACCCAUUGUAAUUAAACAUUUUGUCCACACUGGAUGCGAUGUGACACGACAAACCAAUUAAGAAGAAGGCAUUUGUCAUGUCGCCUUACGCUGCUCGUGUCGGGUUUAGACAGGGUGUUAGAAUGUUUCUUUAUACCACAUGCGAGAACGAUUGUUUUCGAUUGGAGGCUUGUUUUUUAUAUAGUUUCUGAACAAUGUCGCCUUUAACAAUGAAUAGUUUCGAAACAUCAUAUCCAUUGUAAUUUUGCUUUGUUAUUCAAAUAGUUCACACCGAAAAUAAAAAUCUGAUAUUUUAUUUACUCACCUUUGUGUGGUUUUAAACCCUUUUGCUAUUUUCGCUAAUAGUGACCCCUUCAGUCAAGCUUCUUAAAUCUCAAGAAAAAAUCCUCAAUUUGGGUUCAGUGGAGAUUAACUAAAGCAUUCAGGGUUUGAAAAACACGAUUGCGAGUGAAUGACAGAAUUGUCAUUUUUGGGUGAUCUAUUCCUUUCAUCAAGCUGGCCAAAAAAUUUGACCUUGUCUUCGAUGGGCCGGUGACCUUUGACACGGGAAAUGUGUGUAGUAGCACGCUGUAGAACCCUGUACAUAACUUCAGGUUCAAAGCGCA